AGAAGAGGAUAAAAGCCUAGAGCCUUCUGCUUCAAUUUCUCAUUAAUAUACCUCUCUCUUCCCAUGGAGACCAUCCCAAAACCUAGCAAAGACAUCAAGAAAAACUCCAUUGAUGAUAUUGACGAUGAAUCUCUCUUACCAGGCCUCCCCAAUCAUCUUGCCCACAUCUGCCUUUCUUCUCUUUCUCCUUCCCUUCUUUUCUCCGUUUGCCACGCAUGGCGGAGACUCCUCUACUCUCAUUCCUACCCUCCCUUCUUUUCUCUUUACGUCCUCCUGUCACCGCCACUUAAUGCUGCAAAGAGAAAUGUUGAUCAAGUUGAUACAAUCAAUUCGGUUGAGUUUUUGUCUCUAGACCCCAUUUCUUCAACUUGGCAGUCGCUUCCUAGUCCUCCAAGCGACCCCCCACUUCACCUCAUCCAUCGAUAUCCUUCUUUCUUGUCGAGAAAUCUUCCAAUCCAGUCUCUAACUGUCGCUAAUCAUCUUGUCCUUAUGGCUGCCACCACUGGCCGUUUUGUCCCUGCACUUUCUAGGCCACUACUCUUCCACCCAGAAUCCAACUACUGGUUCUUUGGUCCUCCAUUCACCAUCCCACGCCGCUGGUGCGCCACCGGUUCUGUUGGAGGCACAGUUUACUUAGCGAGCGGAGUGGGGUCACAUUACAGUGGAGACGUGGCUAGGUCAAUGGAAAGAUGGGACACGAAACAAAAGAAAGAAAACUGGAGAUGGGAAAAAAUGGCAGCAUUAAAAGAUGGUAGAUUCAGCAGAGAAGCGAUCGAGGCAGUGGGGUGUAAAGGGAAGCUUUACAUGGUUAACGUUAAAGGAAAUGCAGUAAAAGAUGGUUGGGUUUAUAAUGUUGAGGAAAAUCAAUGGGAGAAUAUGCCGAAGGGAAUGCUUGCCGGAUGGAGUGGACCGGCGGCGACGAUGGAUGAAGAGGUGAUAUAUGUGGUGGAUGAAGUGAAGGGAGCUUUGAGUGAGUAUGACAGUGAAAGGGAUUGUUGGAAGAAGGUAAUUGAGUUGCCGGAGCUUAAAAGGGCAGAGCAGAUAGCUGCCGGGAGAGGAAGAGUUUGUGUGGUUUGUGGAAACGGAGAAAGGAUUGUGGUGGUGGAUGUGGUGACGACGCCUACAAGAGUUUGGGAGGUGGAGCCGCCGCCUGGGCAGCAAGUGGUUUCUCUACACAUAUUGCCAAGGAUGAGCAAGCAUCACUAGCGUAGCUAAACAAUUACUGUACAUGAUCAGCCCAGCGGUUUGCCAGAAUUCAUAUGAACUUUUUUCUUCUUUUUGAUAGAGAAUUUAAUAUAAACUUGACCAUAUGUGUAUCUAUAAAGUACUUAUUAAUUUC